CGGUGGUCAUCCGGAGAGUCGUCCGCCAGAUACGAUGGCCGCCGGAACACCCGCUACGCCUCUGCUCGGCUCCGUCCUCUUGGUUGCCGCGGCGAUGUUGGGACAGCCGGGCGCCGGCUUUCCUGUGGAGCUGCCGGCCACCAACCGCUCUCUGGAGCUGGGCGACUGCUCCUGGGUGGAGGAGGGCUCGCGGGGACACCUGGGAACCGUGGUGUCGCGCUGCUCGGUGCCGAACGCGCGCCUCUCCACGCAUGUCACUCUCAGGACCACGCAGGUGGUGUACGCGGGCGAGGCCCCCACGUGCACGAUCAGCUGCGUGCGCGCCCUGGACCAGCUAGCGGAGACGGCGCAGCUGAACGUGACGCUGACAGGCGGCGGGCCCGGGCACACGUUCGUGUCGCUGGAGGUGCGCGCGCCCGUCGGAUACGGCUACUUCUUCACCGUGGACGCCUUCCUCAACUGCACGGGCGGCGUCGUGCCCGCGCUGCGGCAGACCUACCUGCCGGCGCCCUCCGACGUCGACGUCACCGGUGCGGGGGCGUCCGCCCCCUCCUGCUGGCCCUGCGCCGGCGGCUCCUGGUACUGACCACUCACCGUCCGAGCUAGUCCCAGUGAAAUUCGCCCCGCCGUGUGGCAAUGUCGCCGUGUGUAACAAUUCAACUCCUUGGCCAACUACAGCAGUGGCUCGAACUUUGAUAUUUUACUCAUUACGGAAUUUUUAUUCAGAGACCUCGCCCUGCUGUCUUUCAAAAGACAGACUUGGUGUUACACUAACGAGGACGGGUCCAGUAAGAGCAUAAUGAAAGUAGUAGGCGUUCGAGAAUAUUUUGUUAUAAUUAUUCAUUGCCAGUUUCAAAUUUAAACUUACCAAAGGAGAGUAAUAAAGUUUGGCGAAUAUUAGUAAAUAUA